ACACUUUCUCCCUUAAUUUUUAUCCAUCCAUCAUUUUAUUUUAUAUAUUUUCAUCGUCAUCGAUGAUGACGAAUUUCAAGGUCACGAGGCAAACGCCGGUGUUAGUUCGUCCGGCAAGGCCAACCCCGCAUGAAAUGAAACCUUUAUCCGACAUUGACGAUCAAGAAGCCCUUCGCUUUCAGGUCUCCGACAUACUUUUCUACAAAACAACAUUUUUAAAUAAUGAUCAUGGCGUUAAGGAGAAGGAUCCUGCGGAGAUAAUCAAAUCGGCUUUGGCAGAAACGCUAGUGUUUUACUACCCAUUUGCCGGGCGGCUCAGAGAAGGCCCUGGAAGGAAGCUCAUGGUGGAUUGCACCGGAGAAGGCGUGUUGUUUAUUGAGGCAGAUGCCGACGUUACGCUGGAGGAGUUCGGGAAGGAGAUCCGGCCACCGUUCCCGUGUAUGGAUGAGCUAUUAUUUAAUGUUCCGGGAUCCGAUGGAAUUCUUCAUACUCCUUUACUUUUGAUACAGGUGACUCGUCUUCGAUGUGGAGGUUUUAUCUUUGCCUUACGUCUCAACCACACCAUGUCGGACGCUGUAGGAAUUGUUCAAUUCUUGAUGGCUUUGUCGGAAAUAGCCAGAGGAGCUUCUACUCCCUCUAUCCUCCCAGUGUGGAAGAGAGAGCUAAUGAAUGCCAGAAAUCCACCAAAAAUAACCUACCCCCAUCAUGAAUACGACCACAUUGUACCAAACCCUAUUGAUAGUGACAAUCUGGUGUAUAAAACCUUCUUCUUUGGUCCCGAAGAGAUCUUCUCCCUCCGGUCCUACCUUCCUCUUCACUUGAGAAACAAGUGCUCCAAAUUCGAAGUCAUCACCGCCUGUGUCUGGCGUUGUCGCGUCAAUGCCCUCCAACUCGAUCCGGACCAAGAAGUUAGGGUUCUCUAUUAUGUUGAUGCUCGUCCUAAAUUUGACCCUCCAUUGCCAAAAGGGUACUAUGGGAAUGUUUUGGUCACCCCAGUGGCGCGAACAACCGCGGGAAAGCUAACGGAGAAUCCAUUAGAGUUUGCAAUGGAAUUAGUGAUGAAGGCCAAGUCGGAGGUGACUGAAGAGUACAUGAAAUCAAACGCGGACCUAAUUGUUAUGGGAGGUCGUCGACCAAACGUUGAAAAGUUGUCGAGUUCUAUAUUCUUGGUUGCCGACCUGACGCGAGUCGGGUUCGAUGAAGUAGAUUUUGGAUGGGGAAAACCGGUAUUUGUAGGGUUAGCCAUAGGUGAUAUGCAAGAGAUCCAUAUGGUGAGUUCUAAUUACCUGCCGUCCGUGAAUAAAAAAGGGGAAAAAGGCAUACUUGUUACAAUAUGCUUGCCUGAAUUAGCCAUGAAGAAGUUUGUUCAAUUGAUUGAAAUGACAGUAAAGAGGAUCGAGUGAGAUGGUGAAGAUGAUGAAAGAGGUCGCCGCAAUAUCAUUAGAUCUUCGUUAAAAGAGCAAUAUUUUUAACAAAAAGAAUAAUUAAUUAAAAUGGUAGUUGGAGUUCCCUUCACGAAAACUUGAACGUUGUACACUUCCACUGUCUGUGAAUAGUUAUUUAGUUUGAAUUGUACUUUUGACACAAUUGUAGAUAAUUAUUUUGGAAUAGAAAAAAUAUAUGUUAUUCUCUU